AUGUCCAGACAAGACAAAGUAACAACGGAAAGAUUCACAAGGACUCUAAGGGAGAUGGUGAAGAGACCAGAAAACAAACUUUGCGCUGACUGUAAGCGAAACGAUCCUCGGUGGGCUUCCUGGAAUCUUGGCGUGUUUUUGUGCAUCCGAUGCUCGGGCAUCCACCGUGGUAUGGGGACGCAUAUUAGCAAGGUCAAAUCUGUUGAUCUGGAUGUGUGGACCCCAGAGCAGAUGGAGUCUAUCCAGAAAUGGGGGAACCAUCGCGCAAAUCUAUAUUGGGAAGCUCAUCUCAAGUCAGGGCACACCCCUCCUGAGCAGUAA